CCGGACCCUAGCCGGACGUGACGACGUCCUGGCCUUGCAGCUCCGUAUGGAUCCAUGCCACUGGAGUUGUGGUGCUCCAACACUGCCAGCAAACCAGGCCUCAUCCGAACCAAGACACUGCAGGGCUCGCCCUGGAAACCCAAUCAUCCACUCUCCUUACUGCAGCGUUUCGUUCCUGCAUUGAGACAUGUCCAUUCCCCUUCGAGCCUUGCCCCUCUCCCCUGCCUUAAGACCCAACAAUUCCCCCUCAGUGUGCUGCAGUCAUGUCUCCAUUGCCUCCUUCAUGUUUGGAUUUAUCAUUGUCGGAUUGAGAGACGACUUGUCUUGUUGUUCUGUCGUGUGCUCGUCCUUGCCGCCCAAGUACUAAACGUCGUUACCUUGCAGUACUUUACCACCAUAGAGCGUUCUCAGCUGGCCCAUCCACCUGACCCGGACGAACAUAUUCGCCUUGAAACUGCCGACUACGACGAACCUUUGCCCUCACAACCCGUGUUGGCUAAGCCCACCAAGCGUCGACGACAUCACAAGCAUAGGGCCACGUCGGACUCUCCUAUUUCCUCACCCCGCCGAUCCCGGAUCACUUCAACAGACCAGCGCUUCUACGCAAGUCUGCCUGAGAAGAUCAAGCGCCAGCAUCUGACCGAGGAAGAGCAACUGGCCGCUCAUUACCGCCGACAGACACUCAUUUUCAGAAACUCAAGCGAGUCAUCACUUCAGGUUGUGAAACAUCAGCCGAAGGACGAGAAGAUGCAGUCUCCGCUUGUUAGCCCCGCGCUUUCUGAUGGCCACUCGUCACUAUCAAGCAUGCAACCUCCGCAUAAUGACCAGGUUCCGCACGGGGUAGAGAAAAGGAAGACCGACUCUUUCUAUGACAGCUUCCGAUGGCUUGAAGAAGAUGAAGGCCUCGAUCUGCGCCUUUACCUGGACGACUACCACAUCAAUCUUCGCGAAGAGGUGCCGGUGCCCAACCGGAGUCGACGACCGUCGUUCCGUCGCCACCUGUCCAUCAAUAAGCUGCCUUUCGGCCGCGGUUCUGUUUCUUACAGCCGCCCACCCACCGUACCAACGUCACCCACAUUCGUGUCGCCUUCACAGAGCCCAGACAUGGGCUCAGGAGUUCAUGGCCGCCGGAGGUCACGGGCAUUGUCCCUGAUAUCACCCAAUAAACAGCCUCUGCCAUGCAUGUCUCCGACCAUUGAUCCUGCGGCAGCUCAUUAUAAGGACCCAGAGGCCCGAAUGAAAUUGCGUGUAUACCUGGCGUCACCCCAGAAGUUUGAUGAGGCCAUUGAGUUUGGCUUUCCAUCAGCGGAUGGGGCUAGACCGGUCAAAGGGAGAGACGGCGCCGACACGUCGGAGAAGUUUCGUAGCUUCUUGGAAGACGAUCGAUCAUCGGCAUACAGUGAUGGGCUCACGAUCGCCGAUCCCGACUCCCCCAAGACGCCACAUCUCUUUGAGAAGCCCGUGUUUUCGCGCCCAGUCCGACCAAGCACCGAGCGCAGCAGUGACCGUUCCACUUGCCUCAGGGACGACGCCAGUCGAGACCCGGUGUCGAGCCGGGAGAUGACACUGCGAAUGACUCUUACUCGACCCGAUCUUCGUGCAAACGAAGAGCACAUCUACGGCGCGUGGAAGCCAAGCAGUGCCCGGACCUCUACCACACGACAGGAUGGGACAUCUAGCCCUCUAAUCUAUGCGCGUGAUGAAAACCGAAAGGAAAGCAUCGAGCGGCAGCUUGCGGCCAUGGACCGGUGGACCGACGAUACCUUGGCGGAAAAUGGGGUCGUUAAACGCAUGUGGAAUCGAGUACGACGGUCUUAGAUGCGCAUUGUAGCGCAAAGGAGAAAUGCAUCAUACACCACCACAGAUGAGGGCCAGUACGUCACGACAUGAUGUCAUUUUUUAUUAUUUCUCUCGUUCACGAAUACCCCACCAUUUGUUUUAAUACUGCCGAUGGAACUAUUGCUUCCCUUGGACACGCGGGCGGACAUGUCUGGUCGUUAGAUCUGAUGCAAUCACUCAAUGGAAGGAGUUUACUGGAGUUGGGAUUGUUUUGUAUUGCCGAGAUUUCACGUCUUUCGUUCAAGCACUAGUGGAGCGGGAAGGGGGGAUUUUCUUGUUUUGUUGGUGACCAAUAAGCGCAUGACGGAGUUGAAGGCUUCAAGAUACAGAAUGCGCCAUGAGGAAUUAGCCAGCAAUCGUGUACUAGAAGAAUAAUUGAAGAGCGUCGGCUGAAUGGUAGGGUCCAUUCUCGUGCGCCAUGUUUCAGCAACAGGUGGUUAUGUGUCUCGGUCUCUUUUGGCUUUCUCCC